GCGUAAUAUUUGCUAAUAACGUGUAACUGUAGAUGACUUCUAUAUUCUACGGAUGUAUGAUUAAAGGAGAAAAAAUUUUUGAGUCAAAAUAAAAUUAGGUCAAACCAUCGAUUUCCUUAUGUGACUGAGUUGGAACUCGCAUUCGCAAAUAAUGCAACCUUCUAAAAGAGAAACAAUCUGAUCAUGAAUACUAAAUUUAUCACUCAUUGUUCAAAUUCACAAUAAUUAAAUCCUGAUUAAUUAUUCAAAUUACAUUUGGCUUGUUACGUUUUUGGCAACACGUUCUCGUAACAUCACACCAGCCUUGUUAGAAAAUGUUUAAUAGUAUAAUUGGAACAGAACAAAAGGAAUAUCAUUAUAGAAACAGGUAUCAGUCACUGAUAAUGGUGCCGCGGAUAGGAUUUUUAUUAUAGGUUAUUCGGAGGUAACCGAGAUGUUCUUAUUAGUUCAUGAGGUACAUUGUUGAUGCUGAUUUCCGUCUUCUUGUUGGACUAGGUUUCGCUGGUAUUAAAAUGGAUGGCCGUCCUGUGCCUAUCGUUGUUCGGAACCACGAGAAUCGAAAAUUCGAGCUGGAUGAAGCCGCGCUGCGGGACGUCCUGCUGAGUCCUGAAGUGGGCGACAAACCCGUCUGUGUGGUGGCAGUGGCGGGCGCCUAUAGGAAGGGCAAGAGCUUCCUACUCAACUUCCUAGUGAAGUUCUGCAUCAAUAAAGGCUUACCAAACUGGCUUGGGGAUCUCUCGCAACCACUCGAAGGCUUCGUCUGGAGCGGCAGCAUAAAGGGGCAAACCACCGGAAUUGAAAUCUGGAGCAAGCCUUUUUUCUUCACUAAACGGACGGGAGAAGAAGUGGCUGUGAUACUUAUGGACACACAGGGCACCUUCGACACCGACACACCACAGGAUUCUACGUUUAUAUUUGCCCUUACUUUGCUGGCGUCCUCCGUGACGGUGUAUAACAUCAUGAACAACAUCCAGGAGGAUGACCUCAUGAACCUACAGAUGUUCAGCGCGUACGGGGCCUUGGCUCAGCAGAAUGACCAGAGCUCGCGUGCAUUCCAGAAGUUGUUGUUUUUGGUUCGCGACUGGAGUUUUGCUCAGGAAUACCCGUACGGCCAUGAGAACGGCCAACGGGUGCUGGAAGAAAAACUAAAAGUGAAGCAAGGGCAGGAUGAUCCUGUGCGCCAGAGGUUGAGAGAUGGUCUCCGCCAGAGUUUCGAGGAGCUGGAAUGCUACCUCAUGCCUCACAUCGGCCUCAAAUUCAAUGACAGUAGCUUCGAUGGUCGACGUAAUCAAUUGGAUGAGCGAUUUGUGGAGCACCUGCAGCUGUUGGUGCCUCACCUGCUGGCGCCUGAGCGCCUCGUGGUGAAGCGCUCAGCGGUGCGGCGGGGACAACCCGCCACCGGUGAAGAGGUGGUGGAACUCAUCAAGACCUACAUGGCGGCCUUCCAGGAGAAGAAUCUUAUUGAGCCUGUCAAUUUGGUUGAGCUGAUGUCACGCGUCUGCAGUGAAGGGGCUUGCAAGAUUGCUCUUGCAGCUUACAAGAAAGCUAUGGAUUCAAUAAUCUGCCUCGAAGGAAAAAAUGAUACUGCCUCCACUUUAUUGGACAAUCAUUUUGCAGCAAAGGACGAAGCUAUUGCAGUCUACGUAAGGGAGAAUAAAUACGCCAAAAAUAAGGGCUUGUUUCCUGUGGCAGACGAAAUUAAGCAGCUGCUUGAAGCGCAAAUCGAUGAACUGUUCCGGCGUGAAGUCGAGGCUCGCUCGUGCAGCGAAGCGGCCUACAAGAAGGCUUUUGAAGCUUACCAGCAUGACAUGGAUGAAAUGAAUUGUCCCGGUGGAGAAUUUCUGGAUGCUUCAGUGUUAAUGAACUCAUUUAUAACCGCAAAGAACAAGGCUAUUAGAAUCUAUGAUCAGGAAAACAAAUACGCUGACAGCAGUGAGAAUUUUCCAGUGGUGAAUGAAACUAGAGCUCGACUUGAAAUGGUGAUGGAAAGUAUGUACUCAGACCAUAUGGAAGCGAAUGAACGUAAGCAGAAGGCAAGUCAAUGCAGCAGUGCAGCUAAAAUGGAGGCGCUGAGCGUUUACAAGAGCGCCAUGGACUUGGUGAUCGGUACCGAUAAGGCACUUGACACCUCAACUCUGAUGGAACACCACUCAACAUCAAAGGCCAAUGCUACUCAAGCCUACGCCAUGGAAAAUCAGUACACCAAGGACAGUGAACUUUUUCCGGUUGUGAACGAAAUUAAAGCACAGCUGGAAAGUGAAAUCGAGGGCUUGUUCUCAGACUAUUCUGAGAAGAAUCAAGUGAAACUGAGGCAAUGCAGCUUAGCCGCUAAAGAAAAGGCGCUGAAGGCGUACGAGGAGUCCAUGGAUUUACUGAUACGUUCCCAUACAGAGGUUCUCGACGCUUCAACUCUUAAGAAACUUCACUUAAUAUCAAAGAUCAAAGCCACUCAAGCCUUCGAUAAAAAAAAUCAGUGUGCCCAGAGAAGUGAACUUUCACACGUUGUGAAGGAAAUUAGAGCACAACUUGAGAGGGAAAUCGAAGAAAAGAUGUCAGUCUACAUGAAGACCAACGAAGCACGUUUACACACAAACUUUAUACGAGUGAAGUCUUUUUCUGCUAAAGUUCUUGUCUUGGGAGCCAAAGGUGUGGGAAAGACAUGUCUGAUCAACCGCUACAGCAGCGAUAAUUUUUCGCCCCAAAAACUCAAGGCAGGCGUUGAAUUCACCAGCGUCACUACCCGAGCAGGCGGUUACGAUGUCAAAUUCCAGCUGUUGGAUACGGCGGGACAAGAGGCAUUUAGGAACAUGCCACCGCAACUCUACAGAGGCGCCAGAGCAGCGAUUAUCGUCUAUGCCGUCAGCGACGCCGAUUCGUUCAAAAGCGUCAAAACCCGGAUAGAAGAGCUGCAAGACAAGUUAAAUAACAAACUUGUUAUGGUUCUGGUGGGCAACAAGCUGGAUUUGGUUGGGUCAGCUGCGCCGGGAACAAGUCAAGCAGUUUCCGCUAAAGAUGCCGCUAAAUUGGCUCGCGUGUUCAACGCAAGUUUCAUCGAAUGUUCGGCGCUUACUAACGAGGGCGUAAACGAAGCGUUCGAUCUCAUCGCAUUGGGGCUCGCGAAAGAAGAGAAGACAAAUGACAUUUUGGAGGCGGAGAGAUUGCUCACAAUUAAAUUGAGCUCGAAAAAGGAUGAGGAACCGAAAAAAUCCAGUUGCCCGUGUUAAAUGGAAAAUGAUCAAAAAGCAACGAACAGGACCGAAGCAACUAUAUUUUCAAUAGUAACUUGUUCAUAAGUAAUAAUAACUGAAAAUAUUAAUCUUGGAUACAACACUACAGGAACUAUACUGUAGAGUUCAUAUCCUUCGUUCGAACUUCAAGUUUUAUUUCAAACGAUAUGGAAUGUAACGUGAUCUCCACAACUAACCAGGCCUUCGCCAUAUGAAUACGAGUGCCCGAAUUUACGAGCAACUAAAAAAUUUAACAGCUUGGAAACAAAUCAUGAAUUCUUGUGAAGCGUACAAGUUAAUGACGUUGUAAACCAGCCCAGAUUACAAUGGCUGGCUGUUGUGCAACAGGACACGGCAAAUAUGUGGCGCUAUGUGCAUGUUUUUUGGGAGUCUUCUAGACAGUGCUGUUUGACCAAGGAAGUGCACCAGUCAUCUAUCUGAUUGAUUUGUUCAUUGAUUUAAAACUUUAUAUCAUAACUAUCAUUAGUGACAGUACGUUAUUUGUUUUCAAAAGAUGCUGGCUAGAACCGUGUGUAUUGUUGCAUUUAUAAAGUUUGGCCAUAUUAGGUUAUAUACAGACUUUCUCCCCUUCAAGCUUUUCAUGCUUUGAUUUCGUUUUUUCCUAGACAUUUUUUGAAGUUAAUCGAAAAUAAAAAUAACCACUGACACGUCACAAAAAGCUGAUUUAUUUAAUAACUGAAUUUCUUAAAUAAUGAUGCACGAAUUUAAUAGAAAACAGCAUGAGUAAGUGGAAAACUUGAUUUAGAAGAAUAAAUAUUAUAUAAUAUUUUGUUGAUGAACAGUUUAAUUUCCAAUUGUAGUGUUAGAAAUUAAAUCAUUUGCUGUAUAUAUCUGCGAUUUUGGUUUUGAGUUGCACUAUUCAUUUUCUCGUGACGAAACAUUACGAGCAAAAUUCAUAACAAAUAAUAAUUUUAUUGCACCUGCUUCUCUACUACUGUAUAUUGAAUCCUUACACAGACAGGAAAAGAAAAACUUUCAUGAAGCUGUUAAGAUCGUAAAUAACCAAAAUAUGAUGAUGUUGGGAUGUAGGUUUAAGCGUUCUCUGCUAUUUUUAUCAUUGCCAUUUUAGAUAAGAUUUGUGGGGUUAUUUUUGAUCGUGUAAUAUCAGUAUAUAAUAGCAGAGGAGUCGAGUUGAGCUAUUUUUGAGUUGAGCCAUUUUUUGCGAGUUGAGCUAUUUUUUGGUUCAGACAUAUAUUUCCCAAAUAACUCUCUAGGACAAGCUCAACAUUAAUAUGACAACUCUAGUAAACUCUUCGCUGAGCACCUCAAGCAACGUGUAAUUAUUAAUGAACAGAGGCAGAGAUGGAGCCGGGAUUUUUAAUGUAAUUUAAUUGAGAAAUAAAAUGUUGAAGACUAUUUUAAAUUUUUGUUGAGAAAUUAUUCUUAAAAAUACUUUGUAUUUGACUAAUUUCAGACGAUUUGCGAUAAAAUUCUGGAAAAAGAGUGACUAACAAAUGAUGAAAAAUUUAAUACCGUUUCACGGCUCAUUGUGAGUGAGGUGACGUCCCACGAAAUGUAGAGCUGUCCGCGGCCGGCUUGGGAGUCAAGCAAAGAAUUUGGGAAUCAAGCAAAGAGAGGGGAAACAAAAAUAUGUGCAAAUAAUAUCAACAAUUUGAUGAACUGAAUAAUAAAAUUUUAAACUUGAAUAACUCCACAACCUGAGUUGAAGCAAACGCUCAGAUUGAUUGAUUAUGAUAUAGUCCAGAUGAGGUGGUUUAUUAUAAAAUCAUAAAUAAAAUACACAGCUCUUUUAAGUAGCCUAAUGAACGAUGCAAUUAUUACGUUUGAGAUACCAAACGGAGGCUCGAAAUUUCUUGAAGCAUAACAUUAAAAAAUAAAAACAGAUCGAGCCCUGUAUGACUGAAUUCAACUUAUGUCAAAGGAAGAGGCUAAGAAUUGAUGCAUGAGAUCCACUUGUACAGGGUGCGCCACAGAAACUUACUUAUUUGAAAA